GGCAGUUUUUUUGUCUUAACUGACUAUGUGUGACUAAAAGGCCGAGUUUUACCUGCAACCCAGCGUCUGAGAAUAUGGCCCCAUCCAUCCCUUCAUAGAAGAGUAGUGGUCUUAAGGAAAUAAUAGUAUUAAAAUGUUUAUUUCUAUGCCCAAGAAAAGACAUUAGCAAAAUCUACAGUCAACAACAGAUGAUUGGCAGCACCUCUAUUUCCUGUGUCAUGAUAUUCCCGUGGGAACCCUUCUGUGUUUUGGAAACAAUCAAAUAAACCUUUGAGCACACUUCCGGCAUGCUGAAAACAGCAAUCCAUGUUUAUCCAGUGGGUGACACAGCUUGGUGAACUGGUGCUCUUCGUCCUUCUGGUCGCUCCGGCAGCUCUGAAACCCGCAAUGCCUCCUGUGAUCAAGGACCAUCCUUUCAACGUUUUCUGGGCCGCCCCUACUUUGUUUUGUAAAGAUAAUUUCAAUGUAAACAUGAAUCUUCAAGUAUUUAACAUCAUUCCGAAUCCUUUCGAAACUCAGAGUGGAUCCACUAUUACCGUAUUUUAUCCAAAGGAACUCGGGUAUUACCCUUAUUUCUCUGAAGAUGGAACAUCCUUCUAUGGUGGAAUACCUCAGAAAGUGAACCUCUCUGAGCACCUCAGGAAAAGUGCCGGCGACAUUGCAGAUGCUGUCACUUUGUGGAGAUCGGAAGGACUUGCUGUUAUAGACUGGGAAGGCUGGAGGCCCCAGUGGGAUAGGAAUUGGGGCAGUAGAAUGAUAUAUAAAAACCACUCGCUAGCCUUCACUCGACACCACCAUCCUGACUGGGCAGAAACAAAAGUGAGAACAGCUGCCCAGAAAGAAUUUGAAAAUGCUGGAAGAAGUUUUAUGAAUGUUACUCUCACGUUGGCUUUAGAAAUGAGACCAAAGCGUUUAUGGGGCUUCUAUCUCUAUCCAGAUUGCUACAAUUAUGAUUACCGGAUAAAUCCAGAGUUCUACACAGGAAGUUGCCCAGAUGAUGAAAUUUUCCGCAAUGACCAACUCAUGUGGCUAUGGGAAAAAAGUGCAGCACUUUAUCCUUCCAUAUAUUUGAGUAAAAUAUUAAAAUCAAACUUAAAUGCAUUGAAAUUUGUUCAUUUCCGAGUGAGAGAAGCCCUGAGGGUUGCCGAAAUGGCUAGAAAGGACUAUGUUUUGCCAGUUUUCAUUUUUUCCAGACCAUUUUAUUUGCAAAGUAUUGAAGCUCUCUCAGAGGAGGAUUUAGUGCACACAAUUGGCGAAAGUGCUGCAUUGGGAGCAGCAGGAAUAAUAUUGUGGGGAGGAUAUGAAUAUUCGGAUACAAAGGAGACUUGCUUAUCUGUGAGACAAACUGUUCAUGGGCUAUUGGGUCCCUAUGUUCUCAAUGUAACAUCGGCAGCAAAGCUCUGUAGUCAAAAUCUAUGUAACAGUCAUGGAAGAUGUGUACGGAAGACACCUGAAUCUUCCUUUUAUCUGCAUAUGCCUGAGGAUAGCCAUAAGAAUUAUGUGUCAAAGAAGGGUUUCAGAUUUGUCAUUCCCUCCCCAAGUAAGCUGAAGACAAUAAUGAAUAUGAAGAAUGGAUUUGUGUGCCACUGUUACUAUGGCUGGCAUGGAGACUCCUGCAGAUCUCACUCUCCAAAUCUCCAAAAGAACAAAGCUCCUGCAAGUGGAUUGAAUUCAGCAGUUAUUGUUGGCAUGGCCUUAUUUGUGAUUCUGAUGAAUUAUUUUCCUAUUCCCUACUACAAUGGCAAUUUUUCCUUGAAACCACUGAAGAGAAGAGAAAUUAUCUUUCUUUGAUUUCAAGCAUUUUCUAAAGAAUUUUUAGUUUUAAGUUUCAUACAAAUUGUUGGAUGUUCACUUCAUGCUGGGCAAUAGGAAUAGACCUGUCCUCGUGGAUCUUAGAAAUUAAGAAUAAAUAAGCAGUAAAUAGACACAUAUGAUAGUGACAAUGGUUUGUAGAAUAAAGAGAAAACAGGUUUAAGGCAUUAGGAAGUACUAGAGAGCACUGGAAAUUGUAUAAAAGAUUGUCACAUAAGGCCUUUAUAGUGAGAAAAUCAGAUAACAGAUGAAUUAGGUCAACACUAUCAGGGAGCGAGAUAUUAGUUUCCUCCUAUAAUCUGAGCACCUGGAAGGCAGAGAUCCAUUACAAAUUCAAAGCCAGCUUGGCUUACAAACUGAGCUAAAGUCAGUCAAGACAACAUAGUGAAAGUUUUGUCUUCAAAAAAGGAAAAUAGAAGCAAAAUAGCAAAGAUCCAAAAGAACGAAUCUGGGGAAAGAGUUCUUGAAAUAAAAAGGAGCAAACCCAGAAGAGACAACUCUGCAUUUCAGGGCUUGUAAACUUUUAAAUAACAAGCAACACAACAAUAGCAAAACAACAGCAGCAGCAGCAGCAACAAUGAUACUCACCGAUGGAGAUGAAAAUGACUCUUCCAAUGGUUUCAUCAAUGAUUAGCUUUAUCCAGCGGACAUUUGGUUCAUCAAUACCAAAAGAGAACUCUACCAGCUUCCUACACAAUAGGAUUUAUGUCAGAAAUUCUUUUGUUUGAUACUCUUUGGUUUAUUGACAUAUACUAUGCCCAAACAGUCUGUCAAUUGUCACUGGAUGGUAAUUCAUUUGAAAAUUUUCAUUAUGGUGACCUGACUUAACCUAGCUGUAUUCCAAAUAAUUUUAUUUCACAAAGACACAUUUUCACAAAGACUCAAUCGAGUGAGUGUGGUGUCCUAAAUAUUAUUUUCUAAGGCAAGGAAGGGUAUUUCCCUGUCUAGUAUGUCCCAAACUCUGCAGUAUUAGGUAGAUAUCAUCCUGGAGCACACACAGAACUUUAUAAAACCUCAUAUUCAGAUUCUUAUACUAACAUUGUUUCAUUAAUUAGUUAUUCCACCAUGUAUUCUGGGAAAAAGUAAAUAGUAAAGAAGCAGUAUCGGAAGCUAGAUUGAUGGGCAUGUAGAAGUUCUCCUGUUUUGUUGGUCUCCAGUAGCACAAAACCUAUAGGUACAGGAACUAAAGCCUCCGGCAAAAGCAUGCAAUGUUUUUCGUAAGUAUUCAAUUGCCUGCUAUGUCAUAAAGAAGCAAUGACUCCUCCUAAUCUUCCAGUGAUGAAAACUUACUUAACAACUAUUAUAUCAGGGCUCAGACACUGAACUACUCCUAGUAAAGCAGGAAAGGCAGAUAUUAAGUAUUAAUACAAUCUUGAAGGUGAAGGAAACGAAGCAGGUAAAGAAUAAUACAUGCUCAGUUGUGUUCAGCCACCAGUGAAUAAUACAGCAAUGGUAGAACCCACUGUUUAAACUGCCCCUGAAAUAAUUAGGAAAGAUGAAAGUAUUGGUCUAUUAGGGAGAAAGGGGAAAAUAAUUAGUAAAAGAAAUGCUAGUAACCCUAGAUAGGCAUUUGCAAUUUUAUAAAUACAAACACUAUUAAGUUUUACUUCACUAGUAUUAUAAAAUAAAAACAAUACCAC